CAUUACGGUAAACGGCAGAAGCAGGAAGUUACUUCAAACAGAAGCGGCGGCGUUUUGUUUUGAGGAUGAAGUUCGUACAGAAAUGACUGAAAGCGGCGCUCAGCUGUUUGCUCGUCUGGAGGCUCGUCGCUGUCUGAAGGACAUCGAACCUCGUUUGUUUCCUGAAGAUGGAGGACCUGACCAUGGUGAGGUGGUGGAGCUGUAUGGGACGGAGGGAACAGGUAAGACGGAGCUGCUCUACCACCUGCUGUGUCGCUGUGUGCUGCCAGUGGCGGCCGGUGGUCUAGAGGUGGACGUUGUGUUUGUGGACACUGACUACAGUCUGGACAUGUUACGACUGGUCAGCAUCCUGGACAGCAGACUGAACGCUGGUACACAUACACAUGCUGUUGCCUCUGAGGGAGGAUCUGGCCCAGCUCUCUCUACCAGCUCGCCCUCGGUGGCUUCAGAUGAGGCGGCGUUGCGUUCAUGUCUGGCUCGCCUCCUGGUCGUCCACUGCUCUUCCUCCUCCCAGCUCCUCCUCACCCUUCACUUCCUGGAGACCUCCUUGUCAUCACGGCCUGGCCUGGCGCUUCUCCUCAUCGACAGCAUCUCUGCUUUCUAUUGGCUGGACCGCUGUGAGGGCGGGGCCAGCAUCGCCAAGCAGGAAGAGAAGCUCAGCAAGUGUGCAGAGCUGCUGGGCCGACUGCUCAGGGAUUACAGAAUCACUGUCUUCGCCACCUGCCACGCCAUCAGGAGGAGCUACAGUGGACCCUCCUCUUCCUCCGCCUCCUCCGAGUCCGACCGGCCAUACCUCUGUCGCCCCUGGCAACGGCUGGUGACCCACCGGCUGCUGUGCUCGAGGCAGGAGGCUGCAAACAACAUGGCUGCCGCAGCAGGAGGCGGGAAGGAGCAAAGGAAACAACAGGUCUUCACUGUCCACUCUACCUCCUCCUCCAGGACGAAGGCUUACAGGAGCAGCUCCUUCUGCGUGACAGAAGGAGGAGUGGAGUUUGUCUGAACGGUCACCUCCUCCUGUUUCUUAUAGAAGGUCAUCUGAUUUGCUGCAGAUGAAACUUGUUUGUCCAAAUUGUAAAUAAAAAGCUAUUUGUACAGGA